AUGCCUUAUCAAUGGACUGCUGAGCGGGAGCGGCGCAUGCUGCUGUUCGCAAUUUCCUCUGCAAACCUGAGGCCUUCUGCCGAUACAUGGCAGCGGGUUGCGAGUCUCCUCGGAGAAGGCUUGACAGCAUCGGCUGUGAGUCAAAAGUACUACAAGCUGCGAAACGAGAUGGCAAAGCUCUUGGAGGAUCAAGGAGUUCCGACACCCACGACACCAACCAAGCGCAAGGCUGAGGAUAAUGACGAUGAGAAGAAGACACCCCCGUCGUCCAAGCGGGUUCGGAAACCCAAGCAGAAGUCCGUGGAAGGGAUCCCAUUCCGCGACGAGUCCGAAAGCCCUCAUCAGAAAGUCAAGUAUGAGGACAUGGCGGUGAACGUUGGUAACGGCCUGGACUCAUUCCACAGCUACGGCGCACAGUUCACGCCAGUAGCAGCCUAUUUCCCAGCGGUGAACAUGGGGGAGAUGAUGAGCGGACAUCAGAGAAGUGGAAACAGCAGCGACAACAGUUUCAUGGCUUGA